GUGGAGGACCUGCUGCUCACAUGGCACUACACGUUCGUCAGCACGAACAGCGUCGAGAGCGUCGAGGUGCCCGGCUUUUCGCACACGCUGCAGCUGCACGUCACCAUGGAGCAGCGCACCGAGAAGGACCUCUGCAUACAGGCCGACUAUCACCUGGAGAUGGGCACGACGGAAUCGGACGACAUGGUGGCCUUCAUGGACACAUGUGUUCACAUACACAGCACUGACCACUGCAGCUCACGCAUCGGCGUCGGCGGGAUAUUCCUCGCGAUCCUCGCGACGGUCGUCGCCGUCAUCCUGCUGCUCUUCAUCUGGUUCUUCUGGUUUCGCCGGAGGAGACGCUUCCUCAAUUCACACGCGCUCAUCGAGAACAUGGAGAAUGCCGACUCGGCCCGCGCCGUGUCGCAUUUCUCGGCGUCGUCGCGCGACGCCGCCGCCGCCACGCCGUACGUCUCCGUCCCCGUCGAGAUGACGCUCAAGUCGGCCAACGUCUACGUCGAUCGUCCGCCGCCGUCCAGCCAGCCCGUCGCCGCGGCGACGGCGGCCCCGCGGGACGACGCGAGGGAGACGUCGUCGCGGGCAGCCCCCGCCGGUGACGGCCCCCAGGUGGCGUGAGCGGGCCGGGGUCGGGACGACCAAAUGGCGUCGUCCGUAGGGCGUUGCGACGCGGGGAGGAUGGGGCAGAGAACGGGGGAUGGUUGCGGAGGUGGUACGGAGGGGAAGGUGCAGGGAUUGCACGGUGGGAAGGGCGGCGUAGGAUGGAAAACGUAACGGGGUAAGCCUGAUUAUGUGUCGUAUUUGUGUGAGUCUUUUUUUUUGGGGGGGGGGGGGGGGGGGAGGGUGGGAGGGAAGUGGAGUAAAUUUCGUUUCGUUUCGUUAAGUUGUUAUGGUCACACACAGAGGUAGGGAGAGUGAACCUUCGUUUUGUGUUAGUGGAUGGUGGUGGUUCACUAGUAGUAGUAGAGCAAGGAAAGUCGUGCACUGUGCAAGCGAUAUUUCAUGUAUUUUGCCUGCAGAUGGCGCCAGUUGAUUGAGAUUUGUAGUACGUCACGGCUAUUUUGCAUGGAUGACUACUGGUUUACUAGCUGCUCCAAUCUAUUGGCAUAACAUACACCACUCUGCCAAAAUGACAAUAUCUUGGAACCCAAAGAAAUUCUUCUAGCUGGGGACUGACUGCAGCAGACAGAUAGUGUUGUCAGAAGCAAAAAAAAUUCCAGCUUUACAAAAUGUGGUCGCUCAGCAAUGAACCAAUGGUUCCCCCCAUAUCAGAAAGUUUUGAUGAACUUGGAGGGAGACUUAGCAGUGUUUUGCCUCUACUGUCUAGCAUUCGUGUUGCUGUAGAGGAUAUGGUAUGUUCGGUUGACCCAUGAUUUCAUAACCGGAGAAGAAAGAAUAUUUUUUUACACUUACUAUACGCCAAAUAUGAAAUCAAUCCUGCAGAGUCAUUUCGCUAUUGUUUUCAAACUUCAUAGAAUGUGAGAUUAUAUAACUUGUUUCCACCGUACAAUUAGUUUAAUAUGCACCAUUUUUUAUUUUUGUUAUGCAUUUCACUUGUGCCCGAUAUCGAUUUUAUUUGAUAUCUGGUUUUUACUCGGAUCGUAUUUUUCGUUUUGUUUUUCAAUUGAGAUCUCGUUUAUUGUUUUGAUUUUGUUUAUAGAUUGCAUGUACAAUCCAUCUGUUAUUGCAUUGCGUACAGGCUGCAGUCAUAUUGAUUUGAUUACACUGCCGUAGCAUACAGUUUUUUUUAUUGGACUGCUGGACACUGAUGCGGCUUAUUGAUUGUACACGUGCCAUGACAAUGUUUCUCUGAUUACCUUGCGGCCGUAUACACGUUUCCUUGAUUGCAUUGCUAGCGCUGGUGCGUUUUAUUUCAUUGCGCAAGUGUUAUCGCGUUUUUUUUCACGAUUGCAUUAGUGUUAAGGCAGUGUUUGGGUGGUCUGAUAAGCGUGUAGUUUUGGGUUGUGGUUAUCAUCGUAAUCGUAUCGUCUUCGGCAGCUACCUCUGUGUUUCUGUAUUAAUAUCAUUCUAUUUCUGUAUUUUAUCCAAGUCGUGCGCUUGGCUGCUCCUCUAAGUGUCGUGGAAAACCUGUUUGAAUGUCGUUGGAAAAUGUCAAUGCCGUUGUUUGUAAGUAUAGGGAACAAAACGAAAUUGCAGGUUGGUUAGCAUUUUAUCGGCCACAUGAUUAUAGAUUUGUAGCUGUUAUUAAGUGUUUGUAAAUGUGCACAUUUUGCUUGUGGAAAUUUAGAAAGAACACUGUUAAUCUUGCUGGAGAGGUGAACACACGUAGUUGAUGUUUUAUUGAAUAUUUUUUGCGUGUGGUGUUCGGCGACUCGAAUAUUUUAUAUGUGAAUAUAAGAGGUUAUAGAGGUUAUAUUUUAUUUUGAAAAAAAAACAUGGCAGCAGUAAAUUAAAAUGCAAGGCAGGCAGACGACGGCAGUUGUUGCUGCUGCAUGAUGUUGUUAGUAGAAAAUUAUCGGGUUAUCACAUUUCCUCUGAUGAUAUCAUGACGUAAAAAUCAUUUGACAUUUCAAUAAAAGUCUUUCUCAUUAACCACGUAA